GCGCAAGCGCACGACGUUGAACGUCCUUUCUCUUCCUCCAACAUUCUUUUUAAUCGUCUUGUCUCUUUGAGAGGGAUCUACAUCGACAAUGGUCUCCAGGAAACUGAUGCUUGUCUGGGCAGCCCUAGACUUUCUUCUUCUCGUCGCAGGAGUGGUAGCUCUCGUUCUAUCUCUCACAUGGAAGGCCCCCAAUCUUCUCAUGAACAUGGUCCUUUCCUCCGCCGAUUUGACUGCUGGAACCGUGUUGGGAAUAGCGUUGCUAAUCACGUUUGCGGUUUCCAUAUGUGCCAUUGUGCAGCGGAACCAUGUCACCAUCGGUCUUGUCAUUCUCAACUAUACCCUUCUUAUUGAUGCCAUCGGCAUUAUUAUUAUUGGCACUUUUGUUUGGUAUUAUACCCUUGGAGAACGUGCCAACUUCCAUGUACUCUGGGCGGAAGCAAGCCGUGAAACUCGUAUUACUCUCCAGGACCAGCUCAAAUGUUGUGGAUAUUUCAAUGGAACAGAUUUGGCUGAAGUCGGGGGUGAUUUUUGUCAGACUCAAGACUUUAUCACCGGUCUUGCGGCCAACAUCUCAUCCAAUUUUUGUGUCACGCCUAUCACCGCCUUUGCUGACAUGACGUUGAACAACGCUUUCACCACUGUAUAUGGCUUUAUGGCCAUCGUAUUGUGUUUGCUUUUGGCGUCGCUGUGUGUUAUCAAGAAGAGGCAAGAAGAUGAACGUUUCAAGAGAAUUGAUGCCAAGCGGGGUGGAAGAGGUUUCGUUUAAUGAAAUGCAUCAUCGCUUUCAAGUAAUUUCGAUUCAUUUCCCAUAAAACCUCAGCUAUCUAUCCCCCAUUGUCUCUGCCAAGCAACUUGUUCCAUUUUAAGGAGUUUUUGUAUACCACUGGAUCUGAUUAUAACUUUGCUCCCUGCCGCCUGAA